AUGCAGUAUGGUGGCCAGUUCCUUUGUGCCCCAACUUUGACCCCAACACGAAGCCAGUACUCACAAGGGUGUCACAAGGUGAAGCACGAACGCCUGACCUUGCGACUGCAAAAACAGCUCUAUUUCGUUACUUAUGCCCCUCAUCUGCAACUGCAGGAAAAGCCUCAAGAGGAUUCAGCGUGCCUCCUGAAUGUGACCCCGACUUCUCUCUUGCAGCUGCAGCUCCUUCAGCAGACGGACCCCCCCCUCUUCCUGCCCAACGCCUCGGCCUCCACCCCCAGCGGUAGCGCCCAGGUGGCCCCCCCGCCACCUGGCAUCGCCCGGCCGUGCCCCUUCUGCGGAAAGUCCUUCCGGCGCAGCGACCACCUCCGCAGCCACAUCCGGACGCACACCGGCGAGAAGCCCUUCGCGUGCCCCGUGUGCCCGUAUCGCGCCGCGCAGAAGAUAACCAUGGACCGCCACGUUCGCAGGCACCACAUUCAGCAGCAGCAGCAGCAGUUGCACAGCAGCAGCAGCAGCAACAGCAGUUGCAACAGCAAGACUAAAAGCGGAACGGCGUGGCCUGGGCGGGCGCGAGGUGGGCGUGGGCGCCUUCUCGCUGACGCGGGCGCUGCGCAGCGCCUCCAACAGCGACGACGGCCUGGGCAUCGUGGGCUCGGCGCUGCACCUGGCCGCGGGCGUGGGCGCCGACGGGCUCACGUGCCCCUUCUGCGGGCGGCGCAGCAAGCGGCGCGACCACCUGCGGCUGCACAUCCGCACGCACACCGGCGAGAAGCCCUACCGCUGCCCCUACUGCGACCGCCGCACCAACCAGAAGAAUAACCUGAAGCUGCACAUCAGGAACGUGCAUCCGGGGCAGCCGGCAGACUUCUGAGGCGGGCGCGCGCGCGCUCAUGCGCCCUCUCUCUCUCUCUCUCUCUCUCUCUCUCUCUCUCUCUCUCUCUCUCUCUCUCUCUCUCUCU